GGGACUUGGCGCGGGUCGGCCCCGCCGCGGCCGGGAGCGGGGUUUGCGCAGGAAAAGGCGCCGCCGCGGCCCCCGGCCGCCCCUCCUCGGCCCCAGGCUCCCCGCCCGCGCGCCUCCCGGGCCUCGCGGCGCGCUAGGCGCACCUCGGCGGCGCGAGCGCCGAAUGGGAGCUGCCGCUCUGCCGGCCCGGCAGCCCAGCGGGCGGCAGCCUGGGCGACCGCGGAGGCGGCGGGCAGGGCGCGUGCGCACUGCAGGGGCGCCAGAUUUGGCGGGAGGGGGAGUGUCCAAAGCUCUUUGUUUGAUGGCAUCUCUGUUUACAGAGUUUACACUUUAAUAUCAACCUGUUUCCUCCUCCUCCUUCUCCUCCUCCUCCGUGACCUCCUCCUCCUCUUUCUCCUGAGAAACUUCGCCCCGGCGGUGCGGAGCGCCGCUGCGCAGCCGGGGAGGGACGCAGGCAGGCGGCGGGCAGCGGGAGGCGGCAGCCCGGUGCGGUCCCCGCGGCUCUCGGCGGAGCCCCGCGCCCGCCGCGCCAUGGCCCGAAGACCCCGGCACAGCAUAUAUAGCAGUGACGAGGAUGAUGAGGACUUUGAGAUGUGUGACCAUGACUAUGAUGGGCUGCUUCCCAAGUCUGGAAAGCGUCACUUGGGGAAAACAAGGUGGACCCGGGAAGAGGAUGAAAAACUAAAGAAGCUGGUGGAACAGAAUGGAACAGAUGACUGGAAAGUUAUUGCCAAUUAUCUCCCGAAUCGAACAGAUGUGCAAUGCCAGCACCGAUGGCAGAAAGUACUAAACCCUGAGCUCAUCAAGGGUCCUUGGACCAAAGAAGAAGAUCAGAGAGUGAUAGAGCUUGUACAGAAAUACGGUCCGAAACGUUGGUCUGUUAUUGCCAAGCACUUAAAGGGGAGAAUUGGAAAACAAUGUAGGGAGAGGUGGCAUAACCACUUGAAUCCAGAAGUUAAGAAAACCUCCUGGACAGAAGAGGAAGACAGAAUUAUUUACCAGGCACACAAGAGACUGGGGAACAGAUGGGCAGAAAUCGCAAAGCUACUGCCUGGACGAACUGAUAAUGCUAUCAAGAACCACUGGAAUUCUACAAUGCGUCGGAAGGUCGAACAGGAAGGUUAUCUGCAGGAGUCUUCAAAAGCCAGCCAGCCAGCAGUGGCCACAAGCUUCCAGAAGAACAGUCAUUUGAUGGGUUUUGCUCAGGCUCCACCUACAGCUCAACUCCCUGCAACUGGCCAGCCCACUGUUAACAACGACUAUUCCUAUUACCACAUUUCUGAAGCACAAAAUGUCUCCAGUCAUGUUCCAUACCCUGUAGCGUUACAUGUAAAUAUAGUCAAUGUCCCUCAGCCAGCUGCCGCCGCCAUUCAGAGACACUAUAAUGAUGAAGACCCUGAGAAGGAAAAGCGAAUAAAGGAAUUAGAAUUGCUCCUAAUGUCAACUGAGAAUGAGCUAAAAGGACAGCAGGCGCUACCAACACAGAACCACACAUGCAGCUACCCCGGGUGGCACAGCACCACCAUUGCCGACCAUACCAGACCUCAUGGAGACACUGCACCUGUUUCCUGUUUGGGAGAACACCACUCCACUCCAUCUCUGCCAGCGGAUCCUGGCUCCCUACCUGAAGAAAGCGCCUCGCCAGCAAGGUGCAUGAUCGUCCACCAGGGCACCAUUCUGGAUAAUGUUAAGAACCUCUUAGAAUUUGCAGAAACACUCCAAUUUAUAGAUUCUGAUUCUUCAUCAUGGUGUGAUCUCAGCAGUUUUGAAUUCUUUGAAGAAGCAGAUUUUUCACCUAGCCAACAUCACACAGGCAAAGCCCUACAUCUUCAGCAAAGAGAGGGCAAUGGGACUAGACCUGCAGGAGAACCUAGCCCAAGGGUGAACAAACGUAUGUUGAGUGAGAGUUCACUUGACCCACCCAAGGUCUUACCUCCUGCAAGGCACAGCACAAUUCCGCUGGUCAUCCUUCGAAAAAAACGGGGCCAGGCCAGCCCCUUAGCCACUGGAGACUCUAGCUCCUUCAUAUUUGCUGACGUCAGCAGUUCAACUCCCAAGCGUUCCCCUGUCAAAAGCCUACCCUUCUCUCCCUCGCAGUUCUUAAACACUUCCAGUAACCAUGAAAACUCAGACUCGGAAAUGCCUUCUUUAACUUCCACCCCUCUCAUUGGUCACAAAUUGACUGUUACAACACCAUUUCAUAGAGACCAGACUGUGAAAACUCAAAAGGAAAAUACUGUUUUUAGAACCCCAGCUAUCAAAAGGUCAAUCUUAGAAAGCUCUCCAAGAACUCCUACACCAUUCAAACACGCGCUUGCAGCUCAAGAAAUUAAAUAUGGUCCCCUGAAGAUGCUACCUCAGACACCCUCUCAUCUAGUAGAAGACCUGCAGGAUGUGAUCAAACAGGAAUCUGAUGAAUCUGGAAUUGUUGCUGAGUUUCAAGAAAAUGGACCACCCUUACUGAAGAAAAUCAAACAAGAGGUGGAAUCUCCAACUGAUAAAUCAGGAAACUUCUUCUGCUCACACCACUGGGAAGGGGACAGUCUAAAUACUCAACUGUUCACGCAGACCUCGCCUGUGGCAGAUGCACCGAAUAUUCUUACAAGCUCCAUUUUAAUGGCACCAGCAUCAGAAGAUGAAGACAAUGUUCUCAAAGCAUUUACAGUACCUAAAAACAGGUCCCUGGCGAGCCCCUUGCAGCCUUGUAGCAGUACCUGGGAACCUGCAUCCUGUGGAAAGAUGGAGGAGCAGAUGACAGCUUCCAGUCAAGCUCGUAAAUACGUGAAUGCAUUCUCAGCCCGGACGCUGGUCAUGUGAGACAUUUCCAGAAAAGCAUUAUGGUUUUCAGAACACUUCAAGUUAACUUGGGAUAUAUCAUUCCUCAACAUGAAACUUUUCAUGAAUGGGAGAAGAACCUAUUUUUGUUGUGGUACAACAGUUGAGAGCAGCACCAGGUGCAUUUAGUUGAAUGAAAUCUUAUUGGAUUUCACCCAACUAAAAGGAUUUUUAAAAAUAAAUAACAGUCUUACCUAAAUUAUUAGGUAAUGAAUUGUAGCCAGUUGUUAAUAUCUUAAUGCAGAUUUUUUUUAAAAACAUAAAAUGAUUUAUCUGUAUUUUAAAGGAUCCAACAGAUCAGUAUUUUUUCCUGUGAUGGGUUUUUUGAAAUUUUACACAUAGAAGGUACUCCAGUAUUUCACUUUUCUCGAUCACUAAACAUAUGCAUAUAUUUUUAAAAAUCAGUAAAAGCAUUACUAUAAGUAUAGACUUAAUACCAUGAGACAAUUAAUCCAGAUUGUAAAUGCUCAUUUAUGGUUAAUGACAUUGAAGGUACAUUUAUUGUACCAAACCAUUUUAUGAGUUUUCUGUUAGCUUGCUUUAAAAAUUAUUACUGUAAGAAAUAGUUUUAUAAAAAAUUAUAUUUUUAUUCAGUAAUUUAAUUUUGUAAAUGCCAAAUGAAAAACGUUUUUUGCUGCUAUGGUCUUAGCCUGUAGACAUGCUGCUAGUAUCAGAGGGGCAGUAGAGCUUGGACGGAAAGAAAAGAAACUUGGUGUUAGGUAAUUGACUAUGCACUAGUAUUUCAGACUUUUUAAUUUUAUAUAUAUAUACAUUUUUUUUCCUUUUGUAAUACAUUUGAAAACUUGUUUGGGAGACUCUGCAUUUUUUAUUGUGGUUUUUUUUGUUAUUGUUGGUUUAUAAAAGCAUGCAUUGCACUUCUUUUUGGGAGAUCUGUGUUGUUGAUGUUCUAUGUUUUGUUUUGAGUGUAGCCCAACUGUUUUAUAAUUUGGGAGUUCUGCAUUUGAUCCGCAUCCCCUGUGGUUUCUAAGUGUAUGGUCUCAGAACUGUUGCAUGGAUCCUGUGUUUGCAACUGGGGAGACAGAAAACUGUGGUUGAUAGCCAGUCACUGCCUUAAGAACAUUUGAUGCAAGAUGGCCAGCACUGAACUUUUGAGAUAUGACGGUGUACUUACUGCCUUGUAGCAAAAUAAAGAUGUGCCCUUAUUUUACCUA